UAUGUCGUCGUUUAACCGAUUACGGCGACUGAGCGGGAAGAUCCCGUUGAAUUCGUUUUCCGUUGCCGUUUUCAAAAGGAAAAUAUUCGUCUCCUCGACGCAAUUGAGCAACGAUGUCGUUAAACCGGUGUUUUCCAACGUGCAAAAUUUCCCAAAUAAAACAGCCAUAUACGACAACACGGGGAGCUACACGUACAGCAAUAUUUUCGUGGAGGCGAAAGAAUUGUCUAUGAAAAUUUCGCGCAGAGUUAAUGGAGCCAGAGGUGAAAGAGUCUUGUUUUUGUGUCCAAACGAUGUCAGCUACGUGAUUACCUUAUGGGCCAUCUGGAUGUCAGGCCAAAUAGCUGUACCGUUAAGUCCGAUGCAUCCGCAGGCUUUGCUUCAGUACUACAUUAAAGACACGGACACGAAGUUAAUCAUCACUUCCCCAGAAUUCCGACACAAUUUGGAAAAUCUAUCGCAAGAGCUAAACAUCAGGCUGUUCGUGCUAGACGAAAAUCUGAGAAACAAUUCGAAAGUUAAAAACGUAAUCACAGAAGACAUUUGGAACAGCACUCCUUCCUUAGACUUCUAUCAAAAUGGCGAUGCCAUGAUUCUAUAUACCAGUGGAACCACCGGCAAUCCGAAAGGCGUUGUCCUUACCCAUAAAAAUCUGUCGGUGCAAAUACGUUCACUCGUGAACGCUUGGAAAUGGCAUUCAAAUGACGUAAUUUUACACACGCUACCGCUUCAUCAUAUCCACGGUACAAUAAAUUGUCUGUUUUGCCCGCUGUCUGUCGGAGCCACAACCGUAAUGCUGCCAAAGUUCGACGCCAAAAAAGUGUGGUCGUAUUUGUUAAACGAAACAGGCGACUUAAACAAAAAAAAGGUCACUGUUUUCAUGGCAGUGCCGACUGUGUACGCCAAACUGAUAGAAGAACACGACAAGUUUACACAACAGGAAAAAGACAAGGUCAAGCGCAUGUUGGAGAACAACGUGAGGCUCAUGGUGAGCGGUUCCGCCCCUCUACCAAAUCCGUUGUAUCAAAAAUGGUUGGACAUAUCCGGUCAUAGACUUCUGGAAAGAUACGGUAUGACGGAGAUAGGAAUGUGCUUAUCCAAUUUGUACGAUUCCGAUAGAGAACCAGGAUACGUCGGGCUGCCUCUACCGUCGGUUUCGGUUGCGAUAGCGGAUCCUGACACCGAGAAGGUUUUACUCCAAUGUUACAACGAAAAUGGCAAUGUAAAAUUUUCACCAGAGGUUACCCGGAAUGACGUAACCGGACAGCUGUUGGUGAAAGGCAACAGCGUUUUCCGGACCUAUUACAACAAACCCGAAGCAACCAAAAAGGAGUUUACCAAAGAUGGUUGGUUUAAAACUGGAGAUUUGAGCGAGUACGUGAAAGACAAAAACAAAUUUAGAAUGUUGGGAAGAAUGAGUAUCGAUAUAAUUAAAUCAGGAGGAUACAAACUGAGCGCUCUUCAGAUCGAAACCAAACUUUUGGCUCAUCCAAAGCUGAAGGAAUGUGCAGUGAUUGGAGUCCCCGAUGAUGUCUACGGGGAAAAAGUUGCCGCUGUGGUUGUUUUAGCGGACGGUGAGGAUUUAAACGUCGACGAGUUGCGAAACUGGGCACUGCAGAGUAUACCGAGGUACAGUCUACCUAGCGUUUUAAAGGUUGUACAAGAGAUUCCAAAAAAUGCCAUGGGAAAAGUUAACAAAAAGGAUUUGAGAACAAGACUUUUUUAAACCACUGAUCGGGAUGUAUUUUUAAGAGACGAACCCAAGGAAAAUGUAUUUGCAAAAUAUGUUAUUAUCAACAGAGUUUGGCUGGAACUCGGAUUUUAAAACACCAGGACUAUGGACGCAACCAAGUGAAAAAAAAAUCAAGAGGAAAACUCUAUUUCAAAGAAAAAAAAAAGAAUUAUAAUAUAAUACAAUAUUUUUUUUUUAAUAUUUGCAAUAUUUGCAAUUUUUCUUUGAUUUAGCUGUUUUCUUUUAUUACUGUAAUUAUAAUUUUUUUAUUCCAUCAUCGUGGAAAAUUUUAGAACACUGCUAUUUUGUUUUAAAAAAUUGAUAUGAAAAAUGUGGGUGGACGUAGAGUAUAUAGUACAUACGGACAAAUUGCAACAAUUUAUUUAUUUAUAUGUCUAAAGUUCAAAUAUGCAAAAAAUAACCUCGUUUCCGAACCCCAAAAAAUUGUCUAUUUCAUUAUUAGGUACCAGCUAAAUUUAGACACUGAUGGUUCAAAAUUAAACUUACUACCUUUUCCUCAAUACUAAAAAAUGCUUUUGCUGUUGAUUAAAUGACUAAUUCUAAACCAAACUAACCAGAAGUCUGUGCUCUGUGUAACUAUGUAAAAUUCAAAAAGAAUGCGUUUUGGUCUUGCAAGAACAAAAAAUUAGCUAACAAAACUAACAAAAGAUUGUUAAUAAAUAGUUUAUAACUUUUUAUUGUUUUGUGGUUAUUGGAAAUACUAUCAUUGGGUAUUUGUAACAUUCUUUAUAAAGCAAGUGCUAUUUGGAAUGUACAAAUAGUUAUCGUGCAAGCAGUAGUCCAACGUUACUAAUCGCGUAAUCUGACGUGAUAGUCAUACCUUUAAAUUUACUUCUUAAAUUUAAAUGAUGGGAAUUACAGAACACCCUGUAUACCUGGUAUAACAUUUUGAAAUUUGUUUCAGAUUCAGAUUCUGUAAUCAAUAAAAUAACUUUCCGAGCAAAAGCAGAAAUUCUUAUAAUAAAAAUAGUAACAACAAAAAAAAACAAGUCACAUUACAAACAAAACGCAAGUGAUAUUUAUUUUGAACACAGUGUCUUCAAAUUAAUACUUGAUAAAAUUAAACCUUGCAAAUUUUUGGUUUGUUACAAAUGUCCAAAAAUAUUUAUUUAAAAAAAAAUGCGACAUUGUAACUCUCAAUGCAGCACGGACUUGGUAUAUACCAAAGAUACAACAAAACUUCAGAACAGUUUUCUUUUAAAUUGUUAGCGAUUGCAUUCGUUUGCGGGAACCUUUUGACAAAUU